UAAAUUAUCCCCAAACCAUUUUAACGAAAUCUUUUUGUUUGAGGAUGCCUGGGACGGAACUCCCCGGUCUAGCCGAAACGAAUAUCUGGCUAGCAUGCUCAGAUGGCCGUAUGGACCUUGUUGAACACUUUCUUAAACACGGUGGACCGGGUGGAACUCCUUUGGAUCCCAAUGUAAAGGAUGAUACCGGGUACACCCCUCUACAUGCUGCGGCUGCGUAUGCACAUAUUCCCCUCAUACAUCUCCUGGUCACCACCUAUCACGCCCAAAUCGAUAUCGUGGACGAUGACGGGGAUACACCGUUACAUGUCUGUGAAACAGCGGCUGUUGCGAAAUGUUUGGUGGAGCUUGGUGCGGAUGUUGAGAGACGGAAUGGGGAGGGGAAGUUGCCGAUUGAGGUUGCGGAUGAAGAGGAGCGGGAGGAUGUUGUUGCGUAUUUGAAAGAUCUUACGCCGACGUAUGAGCGGGCGAUACGUACACUCAGUAUGGAAGAGUUUGCGCACAUGUUUGAAAAUGGGGCGGAUGUAUCGUGUGAUGACGAUGAGGACGGGUCCGUUGAUGAUAAUGAAGAUGAUGGUGAUGAUGACAGUGCGGAACAACAAGACAAUGAGGAUGACGAUGGUGAAUCUGGAUCUGAAUCUGCUGGCGAUUCUACGCUACCUUCGACAAACGGUAUACCCAACGGCCUCACAAACGGCUACCACCCUUCCACCGAUUCAGAUUGAAAAAAGCAAUGCUCUUUUUUUGCUUUUUGUACAUAUAUAUUCGUACCACAUCCUUACGCCAUUACACAACUUGUAGUAUAAAAUACAAUAAUAUAAUAAUUGGGGGGGUAUUGUCUUCUCUCCUUUUGCGAUACACAACAAAAAA